UGGACCCAGGGUGUUUGAUUCAAUCUUUAAUUUCACUGCACUGGAUUAAUUGGUGAUCUAUUCUGUGGAUUAAUAAUGGACGAAAAUGUCCCAGUUCUUUCGUAUGAAGCGCAGUUGGCGAAAUGUUUGAGUACAAACUUGGUUGUGUUUACGGGAGAAUUUACGUGGUUAAAGAUUAAUUUGUGGCAAAAGAAACUCGCUUGUAUAUACUCGUACGCUAGGUGGAUUAAUAAGUCUUUAUUGUCGUCGGCUCGCGAUGUCGAAAAGAGGAACAUUAGGACGUAAAGGAAGACAUUGGUCGCAAAAUUUAGAGGUUGUCGUAGCCAAAUCAUCUAAUGGUAGUUUCAACGUGUGUAUCGAAGGCGGAGCGGAAAAUGGCGAGUUUGCUCGCAUCGGCAGCUUUAAACAGGAUAAAGUUAAAUACAAGCAUGGCAAACUUCAAGUCAACGACAUCAUUUUAGAAGUAAGCGAAGUUGCGAUCGCUGGAUACACACUGCCAGAUGUUGUUAGCUUAAUCAAAAAGACUGGAGAUCUUUUGGAGAUGAAAGUUGUCAAGCCAGGUUAUGGCAUUACUAGCAACCUAAAGGAAUAUCUGGCCGGAAGAUUUGAGGAAAACAGCGUCGAUUCUCAUCUUCAAAAGACAAUUCGGGAUAAUCUAUACGAGCGCACCGUUCCAUUAAAUGUCAAAAAGCAGCUACUUUUCAGGGGGUUGCUUUCAAGGGAGGUUCAUUUUGGACUUUACAGUAAUAAAGUACGUGGAAAUGAAAAACAUGGAAAAGACUACAUAUUUGUCACAAUUGAACAGUUCAGGGAAAUGGAAGAAAAUGGGGAGCUGCUUGAAAGUGGUGUUUUUGAGGACAAUUAUUAUGGCACACCAAAGCCUUCCAAAGAUCCAAGCAAACCAAGAUUUCCACCAAAUAAUCAACGGGUGAUCAAGGAUCUGAUACUUCCUCUCGUGGGCCAUCUCGGUCAAACAGCAUAGAAAGUGGGCAACAUGUCAAAGAUAAAUAAGCAAAGUAAACUUAGCAAAUCAUACCAUACUGCCUUGCAUAUGGGUCAUAUGGAUAAUCUUGGACCAUUGCCUGCCAACUGGGAGAUAGCAUACACUGAAGAUAAUGAGAUGUAUUUUAUAGAUCACAACACUGGAACAACACACUGGCAUGAUCCACGGCUUGCUGAUGAUCAAAAUGAUGAUCAUAAUGACUAUGAUGAUGAAGAACUGCCGCGUGGUUGGGAAAAGGUUGAAGAUCCUAAAUUUGGUACCUACUAUAUCGAUCACGUGAAUCGUACGACACAAUUUGAAAACCCUUUAUUGUCCAAUAAACGAGGUGAUAAGAAAAUAAACAGCAUGAAUCAGGAACCACCAUCCAUGUUGCCAUCCAGGGUAAAGAAUGAUGACGUUGAACCUUCAGCAAGAUGGCAAAAUGCUGGGUUUGGUACGGAUGACCUGGGACCAAACUACUACAACUAUCAUGUAAAAGAACAGAGAAUUACAACUGUGUUGCAGAAGGGUCAGGGAUUUGGGUUCACCAUUGUUGGUGGUGAUCACCCUGAUGAACCCUCAAGUAAAAGUAUUGUACCUGGAGGUCCCGCAAGUGUUGAUGGUAAAAUAAGGAUUGGCGAUACACUUACUAAAGUCAAUGGAAUGUCCUUAGCGGGUCAUAAUCACAGAUAUGUGGUGGGUAUGUUUCAGUCGAUGUCACAAGGUGAUGAGGUGGAGCUGGACUUGAUACGAGGUCAUCCUCUAUCAUUUGACUCAGACGAUGCAAGCGUCCACAGUAACGGUGUACCAAAAUAUCACCAUGAUGAUAUGAGACCACCUCCAUCCAUUGAUGAUGGAUACACAAAUGGUAAAUUUGGAAAUGGUCAAUACAAAGAUACUUUACAGAUAAAUAAAUACAACAAGGUCAAUUCGUUUGUUCCAAGUGGGAAUUCUGCGUUUAAUGAACCAAAGCGCGAAUGGUCCAACCAAUCAAGCAAUGAUAAAUACUAUGAUCAAGUUGAUAACGUUCCACUUCAAUCGUCAACUCUCCCCAGGACAUCAACUCAGCGCGUGUCAUCGUCUCAAGCUCCUCGAGUUGCGAGGGAGACGUUAAAUGUCCACGUAGUCAAAGGCUCGAACGGAUUUGGGUUCACGAUCGCAGACAGCCACCAAGGACAACGCAUUAAGCAGAUCAUGGAUGCCGGUCGUUGUCAGGAUUUGCAAGAAGGCGAUUUGUUAAUCGAGAUCAACGGAUUUAAUGUACAAAGAUAUUCCCACAAUGAGGUUGUGAAUAUGUUGAAGUCAUGUCCACGUGACACGGAAGCUGCGAUCAUUGUUCAACGAGGAGUGCCUGAGGAAUCAAGUCCAAUUCCUAAUAGACGAUCUUUGGAGCCUACAAAAGCGCGAGCACCUCGUGCCCAGUCCACUCCGCCAAUGAAAUCGUCGCAGUACAAUACGAACGUGACCAUGGCAACGGAAGGACAGCCUACGAAGAAUUAUGAAACAGGUUCUCUCCAGCGUCCAUCUCGACAGGCAAGAGUUUCAAGUUCUGGUGAUUCGACCAGUUAUCAAUCAUUGAAACGUGCUGUCGCCUCGCAAUUAAGGGCGAAUGGUGCAGACAAUAUUAGUAUUGGCGGAGGAUCAAUGGGGACUGGUGAUGAUUAUCUGGAAAUGACGUUGUUGCUGAAGCGUGGUGAGAGUGGUUUUGGAUUUCGUGUGAUCGGAGGAGAUGAAGAAGGAUCACAGGUUAGGGCUUAUCUCUGUGGGAAGAUUGUCCCAAAGAGUUCAGCUCACAAGGACGGUCGAUUACGUCGUGGUGAUGAAAUAUUGUCCAUAAAUGAUACAAGUGUGGUUGGAUCGACACAUCGUCAAGCUAUAAGCCUGUUGAGUUCAGCUGCUGCAAAUAAUAAAGUGAAACUAACAAUACGAAGAUGGAAAACUGGCGUCCAAUCAGGAAGAUCCACUCCAGUCGGUUCUUUGCGUCGCAGUGUGUCCCAGGCCUCUCAACUCUCUGAGAUUAGUCAGAAUUCAAUGCGUUUUCAAGAUCUGCAGGGAACCUUGCCGGCGGGUACAUCAGUGACGGUCUAUCCUCAGCCCGUAGUGCACCGGCUGUCAACAAACCCCGGUAUUAUGACGUCAGCCACCACAAUAGUGAAGGACAGUUGUCACAGCGUGUGGAUGACAACAUCGACAUGAAACCAAAAAGAUGUCCUGGUAGAAAGGCGCGAAGAGGAAGGCUUUGGUUUUGUGAUCUUGUCUACCGAGAAUAGCAUUGGAUCAACUAUUGGUCGUAUUAUAGAUGGCAGUCCAGCUUAUCGUUGCGGUCAGUUGCGUGUCGGUGAUCGUAUUGUGGCAGUGAAUGGGCUUAAAAUUAUUGGCAUGAAUCAUAGUGAUAUUGUGAGCAUGAUAAAGACGUCUGGAACUAGUCUCACUUUGAAAAUUAUUUCCCAAACUGAUAAAGAGCCUGACAAUCCUCGGGAUCGUCCCACCAGAAAGAGUACCGGAGAUGUGUACGGGUACGACGAACCCGAUAGCGGCCGUAACUAUCGUAGUGGAAGUAUGGGCGUAUUGCAAGACAAAGGAUCUCAAAACAAAUUUGGUGAAUUCAAACCCCUUGCUCAGAAUGGCUACGAUUAUGGUAGUGGAGACAGGAAAAACAGAGGAGAAAAGCCUCCUAUUAUGCCAAAGCCAAAACGCCCUAACUCGGAGAUGAAUGUGAACCAAAUUAAAUCGGUUGCCCAGCAACAACCCAACUACAAGCCAGUUCCAGCUCCCCGACGUAGCUUUAGUACAAACGGUACAAUGGAUCGCGUUAACAGUCGCGGCGAAGAUGAGACGAUAUCGGUCCAGUUGAAACGAGGUCAACAGGGCUAUGGAUUCAGCUUACGCGGUGGUCUGGAUUUGGGAAUUCCUUUAUUUGUGUUGCGAAUGGCUGAUGGUGGAACAGCACAUAGAGAUGGCCGAUUGAUGGUUGGAGAUGAACUUAUUGAGAUCAAUGGCCAGCCUACGUUCAAUAUGAAUCAUAGUGACGCCAUUGAUGCCAUCAAACAUGGUGGAAACACGCUCGAAGUUGUUGUGAGGCGUUCUGGAAAACAAAGCUACAUGAGUAAUACAUUACCAAACGGUGGAUCCAGCAAUACCGGAGUCCGUCGACAGCAAAGAUUCUACUAUUAAGAGAGCCCCUUCAUAUUGCUGGCACAAGUAAGCUGAAAUUUUAUUGAAACAUCAACAAAUUGGAUUGUCAACAGCUUGAUAAAUCAUCCAAUUUCAAUAUUCUUAUACAUGGAUUAUUGAGUUUUGGCAAUUUUAAACUCGACGCUAGAUUUCGUGAAAGAUCGUGUUUAAUUUCUUUAAAAAAUUUUAUGUGAAGUGUAUUGCAUUCUUCGAUUCAUGAUGUAGGGAUAACUAGGGAUGAUUAAUAUCAAUGAGAGUUUUUCUCGGACAAUACGUCGGAUAUAAAAAUGAAAAUUGUUGCACGCAUGUAUGUUAUAUGAAGAUAUAUAUAUUAACGGAGUAUUGUUUUAAUCAUUAUACAAUUUUAAUUCAUAUAUUUUUUGGAUUGA